CCUCAAGCUGUUUUUCACCGCUUCAAUCCAGCCAAGGGAAAAGCGGGAGGCCGCCGUCAUCAGCUGCUGUAACUAACGUUAGUUGCAGUUUUGACUCCGGUAUCCGAUCGGGACCAAUCCGAAUCCGAGAUCCACCGAAGCAGCCGGCUGUGGCAAAACUCUCACUCCAUCCACCACCGCCGUUCGGCCCAAAAAUCCCCGCCGACGUUAGGGCUGUUGCCGGUUGCAUUAGUGUGAGGUACAUACGUACCCACUCAGUUCCACCCAACGCCUUUCUCUGGCAACCCUCAACGACUCGAACCCUGACCGUACGAAGUAUCACCACCGACCGUAUUGUGCACACUCUACAUGCCAGUAGUAGUGCCUUCAAUUUGGAACUUGGAACUUGGAACUCCCGUCUGAAUUAAGUUCCGCCCACUAACCAAACAAGGCCAUAACCAACCUCCGGUACCUAGCACCAUGAUGGAUUUGGAACCGGACCGCCCACCGCACCCCCCAGCAAUAAAUUACAUCCUCUCCUUCAUCCUGGUCGGCCUCGCCUGGGGUUUAACAACACCCUUCAUCCGGCAUGCGGCACGUGACCAUCCCGGGCCGUCCCCGGCGCACGCAGCGCUGCUUGAGUCGGAGUCCGUGCAACAGAGUUGGUGGAAACGGCGCGUCUAUGGCGCCGUGAUCGCCGUUGUCGCGCUGCUCCGCAACCCGCGCUAUGCCGUGCCGCUUGUGCUCAACCUCACGGGGAGUGUGUGGUUCUUUUUGCUUGUUGGGAAGGCUGAGCUGAGUCUUACGGUGCCCAUUGUGAAUACAUUGGCGUUCUUGUUUACCGUGAUUGGCGAGUGGUGGGUCGAGGGCAAGGUCAUCAGUCGAGGUAUGCCCUCAUUUCCAUGCUUCGCGUCGUGCUCGAGGUGUGGUGCUGAUGUGGAUGGAUUCAAGACACAAUGAUCGGGAUGCUACUGUCAGUUGGAGGCAUUGCGCUGUGUGUGCAUAGCAAAAACACAUAGCAGGCGGGGUGAUUCAUUCUAGACUUCAUGUUGGACUGGAG